AUGGCGAAAAAGGAUAAGAAGGUAGCGGUGGUGGCUGCUGCACCGCCUUUGGCCCCGACCAAGGCGACGAAGUCGUUGCUCGCCGAGUUCAGCCAGUCGAUCUCCACAUCCUAUAAGAUGUACCAGAAAGAUCUUAGCGAAAACCAGAAACUGAGACUGAUAGAUGCGUUUCUUGCGUUUUUGGUGGCAUUGGGAGUGUUGCAGUUCAUUUUCUGCGUUUUGGUGGGGAACUUUCCAUUCAAUGCAUUCCUCGGUGGAUUCUGUUCGACUGUUGGUCAAUUCGUCUUGACAGUUUCAUUGAGAUUGCAAACUCUGGAUGUGAAAGGCGAAAUUUUCGGAAGCAUAACGCCAGAGAGGGCUUUGGGGGAUUACAUACUGGCCAGUUUGAUGCUUCACUUUGUUUUGUUUCAUUUUAUUAAUUGA